UCCAUUUCUGUUCCAGUCACUGCCUAUUAGCAUCCUAGGCAGGAAAGGUUUGUGAGUUUAUGCUGGCAGCAGAAGAGUACAGGAAGCAUUUAUUGUCAGUUCCUGAGCAGUGUUUUGAUUAUAAAUUAAUCUCUUGAGAUAUUACAGAGGCUGCAAAUGGUUAAUGAGUAUCAUAAUACUACCUGCUUCUUUUCCUUGUCCAAAGGCCAAUUGGGUCCCUGAGCCUAUAAAACCCUGAAGGAGCGCUGGAGCAGACCUACCCAACACUUGAGACUGAGGCAAACUGCAAAGAUGUCUAAGAACAUCUUCUCAUUUCUCCGCUUGCUUGUGCUCUUGCUGGGCUUUGCCUUCAUCUGCCUAGGAGCCUAUUGCUUCUCUACAAGUGCCUCUGCUUGCAAAUGCAAUAGUUUGCCUAUUGCCUACUUCCUAUUACCCUUGGGUUUCUUUUUUCUCAUCUCUGGGAUUUUUUGGAGCACUUAUCAUGAAGCUAGCAAGCACAAGGGCUUAUUCCACAGCCUUAUGCACAGAAGUCCCAGACUUCAAGAGACUCAGAUUAGUACCAUAGACAGGCCUGACUUCUACCCACCAUCAUACGAAGAUAGCACUGAUCCUGAAAAGCAGACUUUUGCACUGCCCAUCUGCCCCCAGGAGCGAGUCAAGGACAUGUACAACAUACCUCCACCUCUUUACACAGAGAGCAGCCUGGAAUUCCUUGAGGAAGCCAGCCCUCAGGAACAGCGGCCGCCUUCGUAUGAAGUCUCCAUGCGGCAAACUUCAGAACAUGACUUGACCACGCCUGAAGAGCCUUGCUGUGCAUCCGUGUCACAGGCCAGCUGCUGAGGGAACAGCCUGCCAGAGGACGUGAGGUGGAGAUAAGCUGUGCCUGCUAUUUUGGGAGAGCGGCUGGGGUUAGUGCACAGGAUGCAAAGUGUCGUGGAGGUGAAGAGAGGCAAGCACUCUUCUAUGCAAUGGGCACUCGGUGAAGACAGUCCUGCAGUAACUGAC